UACAACAUAACCUUCAUGGGCCUGGAGAAACUGCACCCCUUUGAUGCGGGAAAAUGGGGCAAGGUGAUCAGCUUCCUGAAAGAAGAGAAACUUCUGUCAGAUGGCAUGCUGGUGGAGGCACGGGAGGCUUCGGACGAGGAUCUGCUGGUGGUGCACACGAGACGCUAUCUCAACGAGCUCAAGUGGUCCUUUGCUGUUGCCACCAUCACAGAGAUCCCCCCUGUCAUCUUUCUCCCCAACUUCCUUGUGCAGAGGAAGGUGCUGAAGCCCCUUCGGACCCAGACGGGAGGAACCAUCAUGGCAGGGAAGCUGGCCAUGGAGCGAGGCUGGGCCAUCAAUGUGGGUGGAGGUUUCCACCACUGCUCCAGUGACCGGGGCGGAGGCUUCUGUGCCUACGCGGACAUCACACUGGCCAUCAAGUUUCUGUUUGAGCGAGUGGAGGGCAUCUCCAGAGCCACCAUCGUUGAUCUCGAUGCCCAUCAGGGCAAUGGGCAUGAACGGGACUUCAUGGGUGACAAGCGCGUGUACAUCAUGGAUGUGUAUAACCGCCAUAUCUACCCCGGGGACCGCUUCGCCAAGCAGGCCAUCAGGCGGAAGGUGGAGCUGGAGUGGGGCACGGAGGACGACGAGUACCUGGAUAAAGUGGAGAGGAACCUCCAGAAAGCCCUCCAGGAGCACCUGCCGGACGUGGUCGUGUACAACGCGGGCACCGACAUCCUUGAGGGCGACCGCCUUGGGGGGCUGUCCAUCAGCCCCCAGGGCAUCGUGAAGCGGGACGAACUGGUGUUUCGGGUGGUCCGCGGCCGCCAGGUGCCCAUCCUCAUGGUGACCUCGGGCGGAUACCAGAAGCGCACGGCCCGCAUCAUUGCCGACUCCAUCCUUAAUUUGUACAGCCUGGGGCUCAUUGGGUCUGAGUCCCCCAGAGUCUCGGCACAGAACUCGGACACCCCUCUGCUGCCUCCCGAGGUGCCCUGA